CACGGCCUAGCAACCGUUGCCAAGGAGCUCGUCUCUAGGAACUCACUAGAGCCCGGAUGACUCCUGGGGGGGCAAGUGGUUUCGUGAGGAGAAUUUGAGUUUAAAUUAUAAGACCUAAUUAUGAGUGAUCAAAUCAAAUUCAUCGUGGACAAUCUCAAUAAGGAGCCUUUUGGGAAGAACUAUAACUUAAUCACAUUUGAUUCCCUGGAGCCAAUGCAACUAUUACAAGUUCUCAGUGAUGUGCUGGCUGAGAUUGACCCAAAGCAAGUUGUUGAUAUCAGAGAGGAGAUGCCAGAGCAGACAGCCAAAAGGAUGUUGAGCCUUCUUGGUAUCCUUAAAUACAAACCUCCAGGAAAUGCCACGGACAUGAGUAACUUUCGUCAGGGUCUGGUGAUUGGAAGUAAACCUGUAAUUUACCCAGUGCUCCACUGGCUUCUUCAGAGGACUAAUGAACUGAAGAAAAGAGCAUAUUUAGCUCGUUUUUUAAUAAAACUUGAGGUACCAAGUGAGUUUCUUCAGGAUGAAACCGUGGCUGAUACCAAUAAACAGUAUGAAGAUUUGAUGGAAGCCUUUAAAACUUUGCAUAAAGAAUGUGAGCAGCUCAAGACAUCUGGAUUUUCUACAGCAGAAAUAAGAAGGGAUAUCAGUGCAAUGGAGGAAGAAAAGGAUCAGCUCAUUAAGAGAGUUGAACGUUUGAAGAAAAGGGUGGAGACAGUUCAGAAUCAUCAACGGAUGCUUAAAAUAGCAAGGCAACUUCGAGUUGAGAAAGAGAGAGAAGAAUUUCUUGCACAGCAGAAACAGGAACAAAAGAAUCAGCUAUUUCAUGCAGUGCAGAGACUGCAAAGAAUACAAAACCAGUUGAAAAGUAUGCGCCAUGCAGCAGCAGAUGCGAAGCCUGAAAGUUUAAUGAAGAGGCUAGAGGAGGAGAUAAAGUUUAAUUCGUAUAUGGUAACUGAAAAAUUUCCUAAAGAAUUAGAGAACAAGAAAAAAGAAUUGCAGUUUUUACAGAAAGUGGUUUCAGAGCCUGCUAUGGGUCAUUCUGAUCUUCUUGAACUUGAAUCUAAAAUAAAUGAAAUAAACACACAGAUCAGUCAGCUGAUUGAAAAGAAAAUGAUGAGAAAUGAGCCAAUUGAAGGCAAACUGUCACUAUAUAGGCAACAGGCAUCCAUCAUUUCUCGUAAAAAAGAAGCCAAAGCUGAGGAACUUCAGGAGGCAAAGGAGAAGUUAGCCAACCUAGAGAGAGAAGUGUCAGUGAAGACAAAUCAGACCCGUGAAUUUGAUGGCACCGAAGUUUUGAAGGGAGAUGAAUUCAAACGAUAUGUCAGUAAACUUCGAAGCAAGAGUACAGUUUUCAAAAAGAAGCAUCAGAUAAUAGCUGAAUUUAAAGCUGAAUUUGGUCUCUUGCAGAGGACAGAAGAACUUCUUAAGCAACGUCACGAAAAUAUUCAACAUCAACUGCAAACUAUUGAGGAGAAAAAGGGUAUAUCUGGAUAUAGUUACACCCAAGAAGAGCUAGAAAGAGUAUCCGCCCUGAAGAGUGAAGUUGAUGAAAUGAAAGGACGAACACUGGAUGACAUGUCUGAAAUGGUAAAAAGACUAAAUUCUCUAGUAUCUGAAAAGAAAUCAGCUCUAGCUCCAGUUAUAAAAGAACUACGACAAUUGCGUCAGAAAUGUCAAGAAUUAACCCAGGAGUGUGAUGAAAAGAAAUCCCAGUAUGAUAGCUGUGCAGCUGGCCUUGAAAGCAAUCGGUCCAAAUUAGAACAGGAAGUCAGAGGACUCCGUGAAGAAUGUCUUCAAGACGAAAGUAGAUACCAUUAUACAAAUUGUAUGAUUAAGAACCUAGAAGUACAACUUUGUCGUGCUACUGAUGAAAUGAAGGCAUAUGUCUCUUCUGAUCAACAAGAAAAAAGAAAGGCAAUUAGGGAACAGUAUACCAAAAAUAUUGCUGAACAGGAAAAUCUUGGAAAGAAACUCCGGGAAAAACAAAAAGCUGUACGAGAAAGUCAUGGUCCAAAUAUGAAACAAGUGAAAAUGUGGCGUGAUUUUGAACAAUUGAUGGAAUGUAAGAAACAGUGCUUUCUGAAACAACAAAGCCAAACUUCCAUUGGUCAGGUAAUUCAGGAGGGAGGAGAGGACCGGCUAAUACUCUGAGUUCAUGUGUCAUUGUUUGGGGUUUUAGUUGAUACUGCUAGCUAUAAGCAUAAUCCCAUGGUGUAUUCCCUUUCUUGAAAGUGAUUUGUACAACAUUUUGCUUUCAGAUUAGCCAUUCCCUAUUAAGUUUUCUUGGAAAAUAAUGUUAAGGUAGAUUUAGGUUUUAAAAGUUUUUAAUAUGAAAAAGAGGCUUUUAUUUUUUUGCUUAGUUUAGA